AUGUAUAUAUCUGUUUGGCAACAGCACAUUCCUUAUGGUUAUCAGGUGCCUAUCUUUCCUUCGUUGUACUGGCCAACGCUAUACAACUUUGAAGAUGCGAAGCUUUACCAUAUGUUUGAUAUAUGGAAGUUUACUCUUUAUUGGUCGCUUAUAUUCCUAGUUGUGUUUUAUGGAGCAGCAGGAAUUUGGGCUGCGAUAACUCAUCGGAAACUGGCGUUUUCAAUAUGGAUAGUUGUGGUCUAUCUGAUAAUUGCAGCUUUUCACGCUGUAGUUGCCGGCUCAGUCGUUGGAGUACUAAUUGGGCAAGUUUAUAGAGCUGGUGCCUUCUCCAUGUCAACCUGGAUCCCUAUGUGUUGGGGGGUAAUCCUGACCCUUUACGUACUGAUCAGCUCAUACACAAUCACUGGAGUAGCAUUAUAG